CACUGGGCCCGACCAAGCGAACGCCACGCCGUGAUUCUGUCUACGUCAUUCAGCGUUCGCUCGUUGGCGCAGAAAGACGCGAAGUUCCGGUUCCGUUCCAAGCGGGCAAGCUUCAAAGUGCUUCUCACAACAAAAAGACGGAGUGACCGACGGGGUAUUUGGGGUGUUGGUGUGCUUUUUUGUUAUUGUUAUUGACGCCCCGAGUCACCGUGCUAGUGGAUGGCAGAGCCGAAGUCAACGCAUCCUGCUGCCACCAUCAUCUGAUGUCCUGAGGAGGUUGUCCCUUCAUUCAUCAUCACAGCAGGGGGGGCGAGUUUUUGCUUGUGCUUGAUGAGCUUGUUUUACUACUGUACGUGUUGUUAGACCGGUCUGUGUUGCUCCCAAAAGUGUCCCCGGAGUUUGUCGGAAAAGUUUGUCCUCGGGGUCUCCCUUGCCGUGAAUUCUGCGCGGUCCAUGGUUCAGCAAUCUUUACCAACACCGUUCGGAACAUUUCGGGGACAUUUCUCGGGGAGUUGCUGCGCAAAACAGAAAGGCAAUCUCCGGUGAUGUAGCCCGGCCCGCGUUCAACCCACCCCGAAUCGGAAGUGUCUGACACGGCGACGACGACGUGUGGAUGUGUUAAAUUAAUUAAGUUUUAGUGACGCAUCAGGUCUGUGAUAUAUAGUGACGAGGGCGAACUACCCGAAAGCGAAUAGAUUGUCAUUUAUCUUCGCACACAAACUCGUUCCAAAGUACGCGGCACGGAACAUUCUCUGUGUUUGUGUGGUGUGUUGCAUCACGUUGAGCAAAAACCCCGAACUGCAGCUAGUGCAGGAGUGCAUCAGGGGUGCAUCUCACACGCGUCUCACGCACACGGCUCACCCGAACCUCGCUGCUGAAGCCCCUAUCUGACACACUACCGUAAUAACGACAAAAUGGCGGAACAAACGACUGGGCGGCAGCUGCAGCGGAUCCUUCACUACUCGGUCACACCGUGCCGGCCCAUGCUGGGCCUUCGCCGUUCCGAAUGUGCAUUAUAUGACGUUGACUGUGAUGAAGUUUACCCCCGGCUGUACAUUGGCGAUGCUAACUCAGCGAAGAACAAACAGUAUUUACGGUUGAUCGGUGUCACACACGUGCUAAACACGGCGGAAGGUACUCGCUUCGGGCAGGUUGACACGGGGCACAGCUACUACCGGGAUAUGUCCGGCAUUAGGUGUACUUUUAGGUAUAUGGGCUUCCCGAUGAUUGACCAGCCGACGACGGACAUCAGCCGGUACUUCUACAUCGCCUCCAAGUUCAUCGAGAAUGGCAUCAACAGUGGAGGUAAGGUGCUGGUCCACUGCAUGAUGGGCAUGUCCCGAUCGGCAACCUGCGUUCUAGCGUACCUAAUGAUUGCCCGCAAAAUGACCGCGGCCGAAGCGAUCCGUACCGUGCGGAUGCAUCGGGACAUACGUCCGAACGAGGGCUUCCUGCAGCAGCUGGCCGAUCUGGACAAUGAGCUGAAACGGGACCGGUUGUACUAUUGACUCGAGUGUGGGCAGCGCUUCAGAAAGAAAUAAUGAUGCCGAUUAUAUUAAUCCACAAGAGGAACCGGAUGCGGGAGUACAGAUAUAGAGGAACAAUUCCUAACCAACAAAGAACACAAAAGCAAGAGCACUCGCGUACAUAAUCACGAUCGUGUGUGUGUGAAACUAAUCUCUUCUAACUCAUCAAACCACACUAUUUUAACUCUCGUACUCUCAGGCAUCGUGCCGGAGUUGGCGGUUUCCCCGGGCAGAGUGCUCGAAAGAUGACAGAUGGCAGCUAGUGAGGGGCAAUAUAUUGUGAUUUUUACCACGGGGUAGAAUACUUAUGGGUGGGAAACUCCAAGAUCCAUUCCGCAAACGAUUGCCCACAGUACAGGAAAAAAGCGAGAAGUUAAGCGGCGAACACGCACACAAGUUGCUCUAAAUAACAUGUUUGUUUGUUAGUAUACUACAUCACUAUUGCGGCAGCAGAAUUCUUCAUUUUCUUCACUAGGAAGAGGUCAUUCGAUGAGAGGGGCGAGAAAUCUACUGAACGCUUUUUUAUUCGUGAUCGUGCUGAAACGUGAGAGAUCAAGUUUUAGAAAAGGGUUCCUCUCAAAACCCAACAAGAUAUGUAUCAGAACUUUGCUUUAAGGCGAGGGGGUUUACGGAAAGCCGAUCGUUCAAACCAAUCAAAAACCGAGACGAAUGUAGCAGGUGGCAGACUGCUCACCUACAACCACAACAACAACUACAGCGAUCCAGGGAAAUACAAAACAUACCAAAUCUUACCCAAACGUAGCGAAUAGUGUCAGGACUUUUUAAAUGGGGAAGUUAUUUACCAUUCUAGAUUCUAGAUCUGUUCGGUCUGUUAUCGGAAGCAUCACAACUCUCAGCAGGCGCGGACGUUGGACGAGAGAUUUGUUUUCCCCCUUUUAUUGUACAGAAGGUAGACAGAGCUCCACCGAAUGUCAGCCGGAACUAUGCAGAAGUACACUAAACCUAACGAAUAGCUACAUUGAAGAAACCUCCGAAUCUCAACGAGAAGCAGGGGCAGACAACUUUUUGGAGCGUGUGUGAGAAAAUACAACGAGCAGCUGUUGUAGCGCAGUAGAACCAAUAAUAGCAACUCUUAUAAGCAUAGACCAGAAGUUUGGGGACAGGGCAUAGCAAAAAAAAAACCCACAGACACACAUUUUUUGAUAACAACUACUAGUAGUGCUAAAUUAUUCAAGGAACGAUAGAGAGCGAAAAUAAGAAGAAAACCAAAGCCAUAUUCUAGACGCCGGCGGUUGUACAGGGGAGAUAGCGAGUGAAACCCCUGCAUGUGUUGCCAAGGCAGAGCCUGGGGCAUUUUACAGCUCAGAUAUAGCUUGUUGGGCGAAGCGGAUGGGUUAAUUUGAUAGGACGACGCAGAUUUAGCAGCAAGUUGAGAUGUUGGAACGAAUUAUUGACAGUUUUAAUGGGAAGCAGCAGCAAGACGGUACAAGGAAGCGAUAAUCAUGCCAGGAUACUGGUUUGUGCGUUUGUUUGGCUGCGUUAUGCCCACCAGCCUUCAAGGUGCGUGGAUGGCAGUAUUAGAGAGCACUAUUUACAGAAGCGACGAGCUAGGCAAGUAAGAGGAACGUGAGAACGAGUCGGAGAGGUGAGAUUAAAAACAGAAGAAAAAAAAAUGCAAAGUGCUAUUAGGAAUGGUUUUAAAUCAUUACUGGAUCGGUUUGGAAGUUAAGAUUACAAGAAGAAACACACUUAAACACACACACACACACACACAAAACAAGGCAUCGAAAUGGAUGAUCUAAUAAAGGCAAAACCAAA